AAAAAUCGAAUUUAUUUUAUCGAUUCUACUUUAUGCCUCAAUAAAUGGAAUUCAGAAUCAUUGCAAAAAUUUUUGGCAAAUUUUCCACCGAAUAUUAUUCAUGCAUACUUACGUUAUCUACAUAAUAAUGGUAUUUUUAACGUCGAUUAUGAUUACUUCCUUUGGGUACGACGUUUCAUUGAUUCGAUACAAAGUUUUGAUCAAUUAUUUUAUCAUUCUGCUGUAUUCAGUAAUCUUGAACAACAGAAACAAAAACAACAACAUGGAAAAUAUUUAGUCAUAGAAAAAUUAUCUGAUAUAAAUACACAACAAACAGAAAUACCGCCAACAUUGUUCACACCGGUCAAGGUUGAAAUACCGAAUCAAAAUCCGGUAACAUAUUUCAAUCCAACAUUAUCAUCAGCAAAAACCUCACCAAUGGUGGCAGCAACAACCGUUCGAAAAGCACCAAUUCGACAACGUAUUUUACCACAGGAAAAACAUGAACCCACAACAACAACGAUAGUUCAACCUAUACAACCACUUUUGAAUCGAAUUGAGGAUUAUACUCAAUGGCCCAUUUUGAAUGAUAUUUGUCAUUAUGAUUCAAGAUUUUUGACAGAAAAUUUAGAACAAAUAUUCAUAUGUGAUAAUGGUCGUAUAGCUAUUAUUCAACAAUUAUUCAUCCGAAAUUUUGGAAUGAUGACUGAAGGCCAACAACAUCAUCAAUCAAUAAAACCAUUGAGUUUAAUGGCAGAAAAUAAUUAUCUCAGCUAUCGAUAUGUAGCAUGGUUUGCGACAUAUGUAUAUGAACGUAGUCCAAUGGUACCAUGGAUUAAUUUGGAUCAUCUUGAUCAAUCACGACGUAUUGUAUGGAUAACCUAUGAUAAUGGAUGGUUAUUUACAAUGGAUAAUCAAAAUUGUCUUCGAUGUAGAAAUAUUUUUGUACCAAGUUUUACUUCAAUACCGGCAAAAAAUGAAAAUGAUUGUGUGGAACGUUUUCGAAAAUUAUUUCCAUUGAUGGGUGAAGAAGAAUGGCCCGAUAUUAAACGAUGUUCUACAGGUGAAAGUUAUACAUUAUUAUUAACUAAAUCAAAUGAAUUAUUUUUAUGGAAAUGGUUAUUUAAUCAUUCGAUUAUAUCGAAUCCUGAAAAAUUACGUGUAUGGGAAGGAUUUCUUAUACACGAAGAAUUUAUGCCCACAUUAUUCACUGUAGAAGAUAGUGAUGACGAUCGACAAUUAAUCGAUAUUGCCUGUUUUCAACAUGGAUUUGCAUUACUAACAUCAACAUUAAUAUUUCUAUUCGGACGUAUUAGUCCACGACUUGACUUUGGAAAAGAUUAUCUUCCUAUCAUUAUACGUGAUACAUUUGAGCGAAUGAUAAAUGUGAAUGAACAAAAAACGGUGAAUGAACCGUUAAAAUUUGCUCGAAUUUUCGCAACUCGGAAUCGUUUACUGUUGCUAAGUGAAGAUGGUCAACUUUAUUACCUACAGGUUGAUUUAUUCGAUGGACAGAAUCCGAAUACAUAUCGAUUGCCUAAAGCUCAUCCACCAUUAUUGCCGAUCAUGAGUGAUCAACGUAUGCGUGUUACCGAUGUAUUUGCCACUAAUGAUUGUUAUAGUUUUCUUGCCACAAUGACGGAUAAAUAUCAUAAAAAUCGUACUCGUAUUCUAGUGUUUUUAAGUCGACAAUCAGAACAGAAUUUAGAAUUUCCUGAAUGUAGCUUUGUGGAAACAUAUGGCCGUUCAAUACCUGAUGCUUAUUCAUUGUGGAUCAAUGGAGAAACACCAAUGCUAACAACAAUACCAACAACAAUAAGUUUACAAAAAUUACAGGAACAAUGUCAAGGAUUUCAGAAUCCAAAUAAUCCGAAUAAUGAAAUAAUUUCUAUACAUAAUCGUGCAUUCUAUGUGGAUCAACUUCGCAUCGAUCUAGCAAGAAAAUGGCCACCUGAAAGAUUCACAGAAAUUUUCUCCGAAUAUCCAAUAAAUUUUGCACAUGCAUAUCUUCGUUAUCUUCACACGGGUCGUUUCGAAUUGGAUGCAUCAUUUAGUCAAUUACAACGACGAUUUAUGGGUGAUAUUCAAGCAGCAGAAACAGUUUUAAGAACAAUAAACAAAACGAAGACAAAUGCCGAAACAAAAAUACGAAACAACAAAUGAUAUGGAUCAAGAAUCAAUCGAAUUAUUGGAUACCAUCGAAGAUCAUAAACAACAUCCAAACAAGCGAACAUUAAAAAAACGUAGAAUGAAUU